AUGUCUAGCAAAUUCGCCUGUCAAUUCCCGGACUGCACAAGGACCUUUGAUAGGUAUACGAGAUUACAAGCUCAUUUCAUGGAUCAUGUGAGUGGUACGAUCAAGUAUCGAGCUUCUGGUCGAUCUACACACGUAUCAAAGAGAACGGGCAGAUCCCAGAAAAGAAAGAGAGAGAAGCAUCGAUCAUCAAAUUUACGUUCACCACAUCCGAUUUCCGCUCCCUUGUCCUCGCCAAUCAUCGGUUCAGCAAUACAGACCCCUGUGAUUGAUCUACGAACACCCUCUUUAUCACCAGAUACCAGCUCCUCUUCGUCGACUCAUUCACCCUCUUCAUCUAGGAUGGAAGUUGAUAUAGACGAGAUUGAUAUUCCGUCCACAUCUUUAGUUCCUCAAGAUACGCCUAGAAAAGGUCCCACAUGGGCUGUAGCUCCUCCUUCACUUUCGCCUUCACCUGUACCAUCGCCAUCGCCAUCGCCAUCACCAUCACUUUCACUUUCACUUUCGGAAAGCACAGAAUCUCACGAUAGCGAAAUUGAUCAUGUAAAUGAGGAUCACGAUCAUAUCGACCCUGAGGACGAUACGCCUCAUACAACCAUCCCGAACGAUCAAUAUGCUAAUCCUAAUCCUUCUCAAGAACGCGUGUCAGCUGACAUGGAGCAACUUGUCGAUACAAGAUCCUCAAAUGGCGAUACGGAUACUGUCGAAGAUCAACUUGGUAAUCCUUCAACUCCAAGCUCAAUCCCAAUCACACCUCCAAGAAAGUCAAUAUUUGCAUGUGACAUCAACUCACCAUUCCGUCAACUGUCGUCAGCCGCUCCCAAGUCUAAUCACUCGGAUAAUAUACCUGAAGAAACCACUUUCUCUACCUGUACAAGACACGCAACCCCAUCCCUCACACGAUCAGUGUCUACCUCCGACGCCAACGAGAUCAUUGCGACUCCUAACUCUCUCGAUCGUUUUAUAGAAGACGCGAGAAAAGUUCUUGGGUCAGAGGGAAGAAGACGAAGAAGUGAAACACCUUGUCCUGUCUCGAAACAAGACAUGGCAAAGAUGAUGGGUUUCACUGAAGGCAGCAAAAAUCUAUUGGACUCGAUAUCAAACGAAGUGCUCAAUUCACAUCCGUUCCAUUUCACUCUGAGUGAUAACAUGGACAAAGAUCUGGGCCAGGUCAGUCCAUCUACCGAUCAGACUUAUAUGGUCACUUCUGGCUGUACUUGCCACCAAUCCGAUACGAUUUCAAAACCCUCGGUCAAUAACGUUUUAGCGGAAAUCGCGAAUCAUAUAAUGUCAUGUCCUUCACUGCUCCAAACAAUGUCAACAGUUAUAAAUCCUUCUUUGUCCGGCGACAAACCCUCAAGUGCCACAAUGAGAUCAUUCGGCGGGAAUGACAUCGGCGGGGACAAGAUGAGACAUACAAAAAGACUAGUAAAGCAGAUUCUGGACUUGUCGGAAGGUGUGAAAGGUAGUCAAAGAGAAGAAGAGAGUAGAUACGAAGAACUUAGAAAGAUCGUCGCGAAGUUAGGGAGAAUCUGGGAAUUUUGA